UUCCAUCACAUGGCUGACAGAAUGAAGUCAGGUCUAAAUUUCCAGAAAGCGCUUCUCAUAUCAUGUUUCCAGUUCAGCUACACAACAGUUUUUGGCGCGUACUCGGCCUACCUGUUUCUGCGCACUGGGCAUUUUGUGGCUCCGUUCCUCGCGCAUGCGUUCUGCAACCACAUGGGGUUCCCCGAUUUCAACGAGUUGGCCACACUGCCGGAGCCAAACCGCACCGCUGUCAUGGCGCUGAGUGUGAUCGGCCUGCUUGCCUUCUGUCUGCUGCUGGAUCCACUCACCAACCCCGAGUGGUAUCAUAACCACAUCUUCUAUACACUGCCCUUGGACGCUUCCUAACUGCUACUAAAACACUCUGUGGUUAUACAGCGUAAUUCAAAAAGAAUACCACAACUUUGAAAAUCUGUAUUUAAUCAAGGAAACAUAAUAGUAACUUGGGUUAUAAAUCAAAAUGAAGAGUAUUAAAAUA